CUCGAUUAUGUCCUCUACACCCAAGGUUGGAAGCCGCUCUACAAGGUCGUCACGCCGACUCAAGCGGAGUGAGCAUGGCAGUAGCCCAUCUGUCAGCCGAGAUCCUCUAUGUGCUACGCCGAGGAAGAACUUAUUCGGGAGCCCCACUGACGGGAAUCCCGAACUGCCUACUACUCCCAAGAGCUCUCGGCCGUCGGCGAAACGCCACAAUUCGGGUACACCGAAACGCCCGGGAGGAUCUUUGAAGGGUGACUCCAAUGGCCUCCUUAUCGGUUCACAGCGAGAGUCUUUGGUACGGGGCCGACCGUCGACCAGGGGACGUGCUUCAAUGGCGACCAAUCGCAGCAGUUGUGGUACUCGCGUCAGUAUGGGGGAGGUAGUGGAUCAGCUCGACCUGGCCUCUACGGGAGGGAAAGGACGCGAGUCGUUGCCGAGGGAUUCCCCUGCUGAGCGUGGUCCAGUGAAGAAUCUGUUCAAAGAGUUCACUGAGGAGAAGCAUGAUGAUACGAAGACAUCUCAGCUUCCUCCUUCGCCAGUACCUGCUUUUGGGGUCACGACCAAGUUGCCUAUACCUGAGGAAUUGAAGCAGGCUCCGGCAUCUGUUAGCACCGUCAAGAGGUCGCUGCCGAGCCACUACAAAACUGUAUUAGAUCAAUUCAGAAUGCUCGAUGAGGUUCUCUCGUUAUUCCGUGUGCGCAGCCAAGUGCCCUACUACCUGCAGCUCAAGGCUGGUGUGGAGCGAGCAAGCGGGAAGAGGUUCGCCAAGGGAAGACUGCUUCAAGUUGUCUUCGCAGCUGGUGGCCUCCUUGACCUCGAGUGGCGAGAGAAGGAAUGUGAAGUUGAUUCGAUGGGGACGAGUCCACUCAGGCGUCUAGUUGUUGUUCAGAAGGACGCUAGUGGUGUUGUGCUCACUAAACGGCUCGAUGCGAAAGAGGCCUUGGCGAGAGCUGAAGUCGUUCGGACGAAGCUCGAAGAGCUUCUAGCAGACCAGGAAAGGCGCUGUAGCGACCCGAAGAAAUUCCUUAUUGACGAGGCCGAGCCGGUUCCCCAGGCCUCACUGCCUCACAACCCUUUCGAGGCUUCUACACCAAUCGAAUCGACACCAGUGCUACGCGGUCGAGGGACGCCGAGCCCCGAUGCGACACCCCAGACACCUUGUAGUGUACUGCUUUCUGGUGUUCGGGCGCGGCGGCGAGAGAGGCUCGAAUUGAGUUCAUCUCCAUUCGUUCCGGUUAUCCUCCCACAGCUGUCGGAGCCCAUGACCCCAGCCCGUACUCCGUCCGUUCGGGAGAACAUUCGUAGUCGAUCAGCGAGCAAGACACCGGCAGAGAGACGACAGGAGAUGAGAGAGAGGGUCCGGGCUAAGGAGGCGAAGGAGAAGGAGGAUGCACGGAUUUAUGAAGAGGAUCUGAAAUGGCGCGAGCAACUGAGCUUCUACGAACUUCUAUCAUCGAUUAUAGCCGAACUCAGCCGGUUGUUCUUCAUGAGAGGCCAUCCCUCGAUGAAGUUGCAAGACGUGGUGAAGCACUUCAUGUCGGCCAAUGGCGGCGGGAGCAGAUAUAAGCCACUGGGAGCUCGAGUAAUGGAGGACUACCUUCGGCAGACGGCUGGCCUCGCGCCGGAGUGGAUCAAGAUCGCACACAGCAAGAUCGACAGUAAGACUGAGAUGAUGGUAAUGGACAUGUCGGUGAAAUCCAAGGCCGUUCUUGGGAAGGUCAAGGAGAAGAAGGAUGCGUUGAAUACUGAAUACGCUGAAUGGCAGUCGAAGCUCCCGACGAGCCCAAGACUAGUAUCCUCCACUGGUGGUUAGUCGACGUGCUGUCAUCUCUUGUGACUGAACCAACGAGCUAUAGCUAUUAAGAAUGAAGCAAGAUGUCUUCUGCCAAUGAUGAU